UUUUCAUUUAAGAAAAUCGAUGAGCAAAUCCUUUCUUGUAUCUCGUCUCCUGGAGCACUUCUUCCUUGCCCUUUUCUGCGUCAAGAAUCAGUAAUACUUCUCUCAUCACUGCUUUAUCCCCAGUCCUGAUUACAAACACAGUACUGUACAUAAAUGCUGUAUAUGGGGUAAGGGCUUUUCCAGCUCUUCACUUUCGUUACCUUCUUGUUUGUAUAUGUCGGGGGGAGGGGGAAUAUCCACUUGGAAACUCGCCAUGCUCUCACCCUAUCCGCUACCCAUUGCACAUGCUCAUCCUUGUUCGGUACAGCAAGGGACUGGAGAAGAAGGGUGGGUGAAGAAGAAGUGAGUCCAUCUGGAGAGAUCCAGUCCGGGAUUUGACUCCACCCGCAGCGAAGCUGCCUUCCUUUGAGAGAGGAGUUGGGACUCGGAGACUAGCAGUGGGAAGAGAGGCAGGGCAAAGGGAGAGAGGUUGCUCUGAACUCCUCUACAAACACAGUUCAAUGACCAGGAGCUUUGGGCUAAAGCAACCGCGCUUUCCUGCCGUGGCACACAGAGUGCCGCCUGCCUAGGAGUUUUCCUGAAGCAGCCUCUACACCUGGCGCACUUUUGGUAGAAAGGGAGCAGGACAAGACCCUGAAAUGACUUAUCUCCUAAGAUUCGACUGAAGGGGACUUCCUGGAGUGGGAUCCUAGUGGAAUUUGGGUUUGGAGAGGAGUUGCUAAACCUUUUUUCCUCUUCCCCCUUUUCUCUCCCGUCAUUGGAAAUGAGCAAAUUGCAUUUGCAUUCCAGAAAGUAGCAAUAUUAAACAUCCCAUCCCCCAAAGAAGCACACAUGUAGUAAUGACAAAGGAUUGCAAAGGAGAGAGUGGAUCCAGUUUCCCAGAGAGAUCCCCUUAAAUGGAUUACUAAAUGGGACACCACAUCAGCUAGUUCUGUCCUCUAGCUGCCUAGAUACAUGCACCGAAAAGGGUGAAGUGAAGAAGUAAAGUCUCCCCGCUGAACUACUAUGAGGUCAGAAGCCUUGCUGCUAUAUUUCACACUGCUACACUUUGCUGGGGCUGGUUUCCCAGAAGAUUCUGAGCCAAUCAGUAUUUCGCAUGGCAACUACACAAAACAGUAUCCGGUGUUUGUGGGGCACAAGCCAGGACGGAACGCCACACAAAGGCACAGGCUGGACAUCCAGCUGAUCAUGAUAAUGAACAGAACCCUCUACAUUGCUGCUAGGGACCAUAUUUACACUGUUGAUAUGGACACAUCACAGACAGAAGAAAUUUAUUUUAGCAAAAAACUGACAUGGAAAUCUAGACAGGCUGAUGUAGACACAUGCAGAAUGAAGGGAAAACAUAAGGAUGAGUGUCAUAAUUUUAUUAAAGUCCUCCUGAAACGAAAUGAUGAUACCUUGUUUAUCUGUGGAACAAAUGCCUUCAACCCUUCUUGCAGGAACUAUAAGAUGGAGACACUGGAGUUCCUAGGAGAUGAGUUCAGUGGAAUGGCCAGGUGCCCCUAUGAUGCAAAACAUGCCAAUGUUGCACUGUUCGCAGAGGGAAAGCUGUAUUCUGCCACAGUGACGGACUUCCUUGCAAUAGAUGCAGUCAUUUACCGGAGCCUUGGAGACAGCCCAACCCUGCGGACAGUCAAACAUGACUCAAAAUGGUUAAAAGAGCCAUACUUUGUCCAAGCGGUAGAUUAUGGCGACUACAUCUACUUCUUCUUUCGGGAAAUAGCAGUGGAGUACAACAGUAUGGGAAAGGUAGUUUUCCCAAGAGUGGCUCAGGUUUGCAAGAAUGACAUGGGAGGAUCCCAGAGAGUUCUGGAAAAACAGUGGACUUCCUUUCUCAAGGCUCGCCUGAACUGCUCAGUUCCUGGCGAUUCACACUUCUACUUUAACAUACUGCAGGCUGUUACGGAUGUUAUCCAUAUCAAUGGCCAUGAUAUUGUCUUGGCAACCUUCUCCACCCCUUAUAACAGCAUCCCUGGCUCUGCAGUCUGUGCCUAUGACAUGCUUGACAUUGCCAAUGUAUUUACUGGGAGAUUCAAAGAACAAAAGUCUCCAGAUUCUACGUGGACACCAGUUCCUGAUGAGCGAGUGCCCAAACCCAGGCCAGGUUGCUGUGCUGGCUCUGUAUCAUUAGAAAAGUACAUAACCUCCAAUGAGUUCCCAGAUGAUACUCUAAAUUUCAUCAAAACGCAUCCUCUCAUGGACGAGGCUGUUCCUUCAAUUGUCAGCAGGCCCUGGUUCCUGAGGACGAUGGUCAGAUACCGUCUGACCAAAAUUGCAGUAGACACUGCUGCUGGGCCACAUCAGAAUCACACGGUGGUUUUCCUGGGAUCAGAGAAGGGAAUCAUAUUGAAGUUCUUGGCCCGGACAGGAAACAGCGGUUUCCUAAAUGAUAGCCUUUUCCUGGAGGAGAUGAAUGUUUACAAUCCCGAAAAGUGCAGCUAUGAUGGGGUAGAAGACAAGAGGAUUAUGGGAAUGCAGCUUGACAAACAUAGCAGUUCUCUCUAUGUAGCAUUCUCUACCUGUGUGAUAAAGAUUCCCCUGGGACGAUGUGAGCGUCAUGGCAAGUGCAAAAAGGCCUGCAUAGCCUCCAGAGACCCAUACUGUGGCUGGGUGAAGGAAGGUGGGGUAUGCACACAGCUGUUACCUGGUGUAAAGUUGGCAUUUGAGCAGGACAUAGAGCAUGGCAAUACAGAUGGCCUGGGUGACUGCCAAAAUUCCUUUGUAGCACUGAAUGGAGUGAUUCGUGAGAGCUAUCUCAAAGGCCAUGAUCAGCUGGUGCCGGUCACCCUCCUGGCCAUUGCAGUCAUUCUUGCUUUUGUCAUGGGGGCCGUCUUCUCAGGACUCAUAGUUUACUGCAUCUGUGACCAUCGCCGCAGAGACGUGGCCGUUGUCCAGAGGAAGGAGAAGGAGCUGGCCCACUCCCGCCGCGGCUCCAUGAGUAGUGUUACCAAGCUCAGCAGUCUCUUUGGAGACACACAGUCCAAAGAGCCAAAACCAGAAGCUAUCCUCACACCUUUGAUGCACAAUGGCAAACUCGCUACCCCGGGCAGCACUGCCAAAAUGUUAAUCAAAGCUGACCAGCACCAUCUGGACUUGGCUGCUCUGCCAACCCCUGAGUCCACCCCAACCCUGCAACAGAAGAGGAAGCCUAGCCGUGGCAGCAGGGAAUGGGAAAGAAACCAGAACCUUAUCAACGCCUGCACAAAAGAUAUCCCUGCAAUGUCAUCGCCUGUGAUUCCAACUGACCUGCCUCUCAGGGCUUCUCCCAGCCACAUCCCAAGUGUUGUAGUCUUGCCAAUCUCUCAGCAAGGCUAUCAACAUGAGUAUGUUGAUCAGCCAAAAAUGAGCGACAUGGCACAAAUGGCCAUGGAGGACCAGAAUGCCACGCUCGAGUACAAAACCAUAAAGGAGCAUCUCAGCAGCAAAAGUCCCAACCAUGGGGUUAAUCUGGUGGAAAAUCUGGAUAGCAUGCCACCAAAAGUACCCCAGAGGGAAGCCUCGUUGGGUCCUCCUGGCUCCUCUCUGGCUCAGAGUGGUCUGGGCAAGCGAUUAGAAAUGCAUUCCUCUGCUUAUAAUGUGGACUACAAGAGAAACUACCCUACGAACUCACUCACGAGAAAUCAUCAGACAUCAACUCUCAAAAGAAACAAUACUAACUCCUCUAAUUCCUCCCACCUCUCUCGAAAUCAGAGCUUCAGCCGGGGAGACAACCCUCCGCCUGCCCCACAGAGAGUGGACUCUAUACAAGUCCAUGCUGCCCAGGCACAAGCUGUGACUGUCUCUCGGCAGCCUAGUCUCACCGCAUACAACUCGCUGACAAGGGCCGGGUUGAAACGUACACCUUCGCUAAAACCAGAUGUGCCCCCCAAACCUUCCUUUACUCCACUCUCAACAUCCAUGAAGCCCAAUGAUGCGUGUACAUAAUCACAGUGGGGGGGGGACAGCAAUGAAACAGAGUUUGCCCUUUAAAGCCAGUGUUCUGCAACUGCAUCACUAGUUCCAAUUGACAAGAAGGCUGUUGUUAAGCUGAGGAUGUGUUGAUCCUGCUCUCUGGGAAAAGUGGAAUAUUUUUUAAACCGAGCCAUCUGAUCUGCAGUGAAGGUUUCAAACUGCAGGACUCACCCCCACUACCUGACAGUUCUUUACUCAAAACACUAACUUAACAUCACAAACAUUGAGCCAAAAGCACACAGGUGAAUGAUGACUGUGACAUUUCACCCCCAAUUGCACAGUGCAUUUCUGAACUGGGAAAGAGUGCUCUGAAAAGCAAAGCAAAUAAAAGAACUUAAAAAAAUAAAAUAAAUACAAAAUAAAAAAUUCAUUGAUAAAGCUAACUCUGACUUAACAAUGGCAGAAGUUUACUAUGUGCAGGUACUGUGAAAUGCCCAUCAGUGUUACAGCCGUUUGGUUAUAGCAGAUAAAUGCCACGUUGGGCAAAACUAUGUCAUAGAUUUCUGCUACUCUUCUUUUAAUGAAUAACAUGUGACUGUUAACGCAAAUAACUCCUAUUAUUUAUUGUUCGUCUUUUGUUUUUCCUAAGGAAAUGACUUCUGCAUAUCAUCCUAUGAACAGCUCUUCAGAAAAAAAUACAUUGAAAAUUAUACCUAUUUAACGUGAAACCCAUUAACUGGAGUAAUUAAAACUCUUUUAUUUUUCCAAUAAAUUCACUGAGUUAAAUAAGUUGGAGCUGGAAUUCUGAACUUUGUGUUUGGACUGUUUGAUCUCUAGCUGAAAAAAGGGGAAUAUUUAUUUAAAUCUGUUAGUUAAUUUGCUUGCUGGGCCUCUGAUCUAUGACAGGCAACAAACAAACAAACAAACAAAAACUCCCCCAAAUUUAUAACUCCUAAAGCAACUGCAAAAGAAACUCUUUAAAAACUGCACAUUUGUGCACCAUUACUGUCAACAUGGCUUUGUCAGUCAUUAAUACUUUCUGUGAAGGCACCAGCUUGUGAUGUGCCAUCUCAUUUCACCUUGCAUGUGAGACGGCAAACAAAAUCCACAAACAGUGUGACCUAAUUAGUAUGCCGGCUGUUACCAUGCAUAAAUUAUGGUCUUAUCACACAGGUUUUUCUUGGGAAUACAUCUGUGAAUAGCCUGUUUUCUUCCACAUGUAAAUUUGUGCCUUACACCCUCAGUUGUGUAUAUUUGUGAGCUGUAGUAUGUAAAACUUUCCCCUCCCCGCCCUUUGAAUAAAUGCAAAUAUUUAUUUACCUUCCCUCUCCGAAGCCCCCUGGAGAAUUGGAGUAAAGAAGUUCAAAGAAGAAUGUAGUGGUUAUUGUAAUAACACCAUAUCCAUCAAGAAAUUAGAGUAGUACUAUACCCUCCAAUUCAGUUUGACUUUCUAGUUGUGCCAAUUCUGCCCUCAAACCACCCCUAGGCUAUGCUGGCAGCAUAGACACCGUAUUGUGGUUGGCAAUUUCCUCCCCCUUAUACUUUCAUAUCAUUUCAGUAUGGUGAUAUUCUCAUUAGCCAGCAGAGAAAUGAGUAAUGUAUGGUCUCCAAGUCUGGUUUGUCCACUAGAUAGAGACAAGCACUGUGUGUGACUGGCCAGCCACUGGAAGCAAGCCUCAAUGAUACAUGCUGCCGUGUGCAUGCACAGUAUACAAAAUGAAGUGAAAUGGAAGUAGGAUGAGGCAGGCUGGUUCCUGCUGUAACUGAAUAAGGCCACCCAGAACAAUGCUGCAAAAAACCUUUUGGGGGAAUUAAUUUUGAUUUUCAUUUUUUCCUUUCAUGUGACUUUUCAUGUGGCCUGAGUGUGCAGGUGCCCACGCCCACAUAUAAGGUCUUUUACAAUUUUCCAGUUAUUCAUGCACAAAGGUAGAUUUGAUUUUAAUCUGUUAUAAUAACUGUGUCAACAUACUAUAGAAAAUAAGGGAGGGCCAUUUUUGUUUUUUACUGGGCAGUAUAUUUGGGGAGGGGAGGUUGUUUUGAUUGUUUUUUAAAUUUUAUACCUAAUUUGUUUUGCAGGGUUUUGGUUUUGUUUCCGAACAAUCAAAAAGAAAGAGUUCAAGUCAGCUAGCGUGUAGAUGGUAUUUAGAAAGUCUGGAUGAUCUAGACCAAAGUGUGUAACAAGGGUGCUUGCAUGUUCUUUCAUUCCAUCAUUGCUGCUUUUAUGAAACUGACUUGUUCACCAUUAGUGAACUAUGCAGACUGCUGUAGAUAGAUUGUAUCCAAAGCAAUGUUUUUUUUAAUUAAACCCUUCAGAACAGUAUGUAGCAGGAAAGUCUUUUUUUCUUUCAAAAAACAAAAAAGUAGCAGCAGCAGCAACUUGCAACCUUUUCCCCCCCAAACUCCAAUCCCUCGAGUACCAAAUGAGCAGUGCCCAUUGCUAUUAUUAAGCAAAGUGUUCUGACAUCAUGUAGAAAUGAAUAAUCACUGCAACAGCCUUGUACAGAAAUAUGCCUUUGUAAUAUACAUCACAUCAGUUACUGGGUUGACCUUGAAAUGCUCAUUUUGUACUCAGUGGGUCUUUUGUUUCUUUUGUUUUAAUCCUCUCUCACCCCAAUCUCCCUGCACCCCUCACUUGGAGGGGUACAUAAACCUAAGUGUGCCUUUGCUUUCCACCCUUGAUAUACACUGGUAGAUGCAACAAAUUCAGACUCUCAUUUGUUGUAAAGUUGUAAAAUAUUGUGAUGUCACUGACUUUCCUUCAUCUCCACAUCCCCCUAACAUCUGAUUCACAACUUAAUGUAUGUUGUAAAAAAAAACAAAACAAAAACAAAAAAAAAAACAGAAAGAAUGGGGAAAAAAAGAAAAGGAAAGGAAAAAAGCUCUUGAUUGCAUAAGGUAAUAAAACUAGACUGUUCUACCUUA